UUCUUUUAGCACAAGACUCCAACCGCACUCAAAGAGUCUCUCUUUAUCUCUCUCUUUCUCGCCGCUUGGGAUUUACAGUUCUGCUAAGCGAUGGCCGCCCUUCAGUACCUGGAUUCUAUGCGCACUUCCAAUCCAGAACUCGGCGAUUGGUGCAAUACUCUCGCAGAUCUUUACGAGAAGAAGCUAUGGCACCAGCUCACGCAAAAGCUCGAACAGUUCGUCGCUCUCGCUGCUUUCCAGGCUGGUGACGCUCUUAUACAAUUCUACCAUAAUUUCAUAACCGACUUCGAGACCAAGAUCAAUCUUCUCAAGUUGGCUCAUUUUGCUGUCAUAGUCUCUAGGAAGUACGCAGAGAAAGAGGCUGCUAUUAGUUAUCUUGAGGAAGUUAUUGAAAAGCUUCGAGCUACACGAGAGUUGCGCAUUGAAGAGCCUGUACUUUACAUAAAAAUGCAGAUUGCUGCUUUUAAGCUCGAGCAGGGAAACCAGAAAGAAUGCAAGAAGUUCUUUGAAGAAGGAAAGAUCACCCUUGACAGCAUGACUGAUAUUGAUCCGUCUGUUCAUGCAAUCUACUAUUGGGUUUCAUCUCAGUACCAUAAAUCUCACCAGGAAUUCGCUGAAUUUUACAAAAAUGCUCUUCUAUAUUUGGCAUAUACAUCAGUGGAGUCCCUUUCAGAAUCAUUCAAGCUGGAUUUGGCCUUUGAUUUGUCUCUAGCUGCACUGCUUGGAGAAAAUAUAUACAAUUUCGGGGAACUACUAGCACAUCCAAUCGUAAAGUCUCUUGUGGGAACGAAUGUUGAGUGGCUUUACCAUAUUCUUGAAGCCUUCAACUCGGGUAAUCUGACUAGGUAUCAAGAAUUAUGCCAUGUGCAUAAAUCUCCUCUGAGUGCGCAACCUGCGCUUGUGGCAAAUGAGAAGAAGCUGCUUGAGAAAAUUAACAUAUUGUGUCUAAUGGAAAUCAUCUUCAGUCGACCUGCUGAAGACAGAACCAUUCCUCUAAGAGUCAUAGCAGAUUGCACAAAACUUUCAAUCGAGGAAGUUGAACAUCUUCUGAUGAAAAGUUUGUCUGUUCAUCUUAUUGAGGGCAUAGUGGAUGAAGUUGAAGGGAGGGUUCAUGUUUCGUGGGUGCAGCCUAGGGUUCUUGGACUAUCACAAAUAAAAUCAUUGCAUGACCGUCUUGACGUUUGGACUUAUAAAGUACGCACUGCCUUGUUGUCCGUUGAGGCUGAAACACCCGACUUAGUUGUCUCCUCCUGAUCAAUUGUUUUUUUAUUCCCCCCUCCUUGGUCUUCUGUUUGUUUAAAGCAGGUACUCACAUUUUCAUUUGCUUUUAGUAAUUUCUCAGACCAUCUAUUUUUACUUUUUUUUUUCCGGAGGAAAGCAAGCAGUUAGCUUCAUGUACUUCAUAUCAUAAUUGAGUUUAAUUUUAUAAACUUAGUAGUAGUGUUCAAUGAGCAAUAUCUGUCAAAUUGAAAUACCUCUGCUUGGAUUUGUAUUUUCAA